GAUUCAGGAUGUGCCGCUUUCAGAAACACUGACUGUAGAACGACUGCCGUUCAAACGCCAUGAAAGGCGCCUGUUAUCUGGAUUUCUUACUCGUGAGCAGGAGGAGGACGCAGCGGACGCCUGCAGGGACCGGGAAAAGUUGGUGUUUGUGAUGAGCACUUAGUUCUUGUCAUGUUCCGCAGCAGACGCCGGCGUCUCCGUCUCUAAUCUUGGCGUUUCUCUUCAGUUAGCAGCGGGCUUUCAGGCCACAUCUUAUCUUACUUUCAAUAACAUCUCAAAAAUGGAGAGCUCACACACAAACUCCCUCUCCUUUUUUCUCCCUAAUCCGUCUCCUUCAUCCUCUCAGUUCUCCUGAAAUAAAUGGCUCCUUAUCUGGAAUUAAGUGUGAUGAAUUCCCAGGUAGGAACGCCGCCGUGAAAAGACCAAACUGAAUGUUGGACUGACAAAUGAAACGUUAGCGAGCGCUGACAGAUGACGGCUGUCUCUCCCCCCACCUCCCUCCUCACUCUGUUCCUCCCUGUCUCCCACAGGUAUGUGGUCCUUCUCCGUUUCCGAACUGGCCGUCGCCGGAGCUGAGAUCGGACGCAUCUCCGCCACGGACGCCGACCUGGGUGAGAACGCCAGGAUGGAGUUCACCAUCCUGGAUGGAGAGAGCGGGGACACGUUCAACAUCACGGGGAUAAACCACGAGGCCGUCAUCGUCCUCAAUAAGCCCGUGGACUACGAGAGCCGCAGCUCCUACGCCUUCUCCGUGGAGGUCCUCAACCCCAUAGUUGACCCACGGUUCCUGCGUCGAGGCCCCUUCAAGGACCGCGCCUCCAUCAGGGUGGCGGUGCUGGACGCGGACGAGCCGCCCAGGUUCUCCAGGUCCAGAUAUCACAUGGACGUGUCGGAGAACUGCCCCCCCGCCUGCACAGUGGGUCGGAUCAGCGCCGUGGACCCCGACACUGGUCUGACCAAUAACAUCAGGUUCUCCAUCGAUCCUCAGUCCGACCCGGAGGCUCUGUUCCGCAUCACGCCAGACACGGGCCUCAUCACCACCGCCAUGGAACUGGACCGAGAGCGGGAGCACUGGCACAACAUCACCGUCAUAGCAACACAGAGAGACAAUCCCAGCCAGGUGUCCAGAGUCGUGGUCGCCAUAGAGACACUGGACCUCAACGACAACGCGCCCGAGCUGGACAGACAGUACAGCACGGCCAUAUGUGACUCCUCCACCAUGGGCCAGGUGGUGCAGGUGUUGCGGGCGAUUGAUAGAGAUGAGGGAGGAAAUGACAGCACGGUGUAUUUCAGCAUCCCCCCAGAGUCCAGCGCCGCUCUCAACUUCAGCGUCAGGGACAGCGGCGGAACCACGGCCAGCCUGGUUCUCCUCUCCCAGCUCCAGCCGCUGUCCCGCUCCUCCUCAUCCACUCUCACCCUCUUUGUGCCCCUGGUGUUGAGGGACGGUACUUCAGGACUCACCAGCACCGGGACGGUCACCGUGUCCGUCUGUCCCUGCCUGAGAGGAGGAGCGCGGGCCGGGGAGAAGGAGAAGAACAAGCAGAUAGACGGGGAGUGGGACUGGGAACGGGAGGCCGUGUGUCUCCCCCAGCACUCCACGCUGCCUUCUCCUGGCCUCAGUACCGCCGCCCUGCUGGCCAUUCUGGCGUGUGUCGCUACGCUGCUGGCCGUCACUGGUCUUUCGCUGUCACUGCGGCGUCAGAAGCGAGACUCCCUGUCGCCGCUGGAGGAGGACGACGUGCGUGAGAACAUCAUAACCUACGACGACGAGGGCGGGGGAGAGGCCGACACCGCCGCCUUUGACAUCGCCGCGCUCCAGAGCACUCUGAACCAGCCUUCGCUGCGAGGACGUUACUCACACCGGGCCCAGGAGAAAGGUCGCACCUACAGCUGGGCUCAGAACCCCGGCAUGGAUCACAACUACUCCGGACCUGGAGGGGCGCUAUUUUCCCGCUGA